CUGCGGGGACAUGCGUCACUUUGCCGUGCGGAUGCCGCUCAUGGCGCCUCUCCUUCUCUCCUCUGUUUUCCUCUCUACAAAAGCCCUUCCGGAUACACUUGUUUACUUUCAGACAUGUCCCUUUUCCAAACAUUUCAAUUAUGAUUUCUGGUAAUUAUUUUAAAUAAACGUCCAAUUUAAGUUAAAAACCUGGGCAUCUUAUUGGAAUUGAAUUGCAAUGCAAUGCACGUUAUUGUCCGGUCUUAUGUGAUUUCGUUGCCAGUUUAGCCAUUUUGACAAAUCAGAAGCAGAUCGAUUUCUAAACUUUUCUGCGCCGCUUUUCAACGUUUACGGGACACACAAGUGAACGGAGAGGAGCCCGCUGUCACUACACGUUGCUCCGUUUCUUUUUUUUUCUCCUGGACCGCGUCUGUAAUGAAAAGGGACCGGCGCGGGCGGCUUGCUGCUAGGUCACCACCGACAAGUCAUGCCCAGGCAGUCGGGGCCGGUAGGCGACCCGGGCGACGAGGAAGACCGAGGGCGACCGUGGAAAAGGGCGCUUCCGGAGAGGGGCUUGAGGCGAGCCGCAGGAGCGGCGGUCCUGUGGAAACCGCUGAAGGGGGGCGGGUGAAGGCGAUCGCGGUGCCCGCUUUGGCAGCCGGAGCCGGUGAUCGUACUGAAAACGGAUCCCACCACAUAAGCUCGGGUCGGCUCAGCACCGAGUUCUGCCGCCUCUGUCACGGCAAGUUUUCCCCGCGGAGCCUGCGAUACGCGUUUGGCCAGCCCCAGGGGCCCCCGGUGGAGGAGAAGAGGGAGAAGUCGGCGCUGUUCUGCGCAGACUUCCAGCACCUGGUGGGGGUGCCGGUGAGCCGCGACCCGCUGCUCUCACAGUUUGUCUGUAAGAGCUGCCAUGCGCAGUUCUACAAGUGCCACAACAUCCUGCUCGCCUUCCUCCGGAGGGUCAACCUGUCGCCAUCUUCGUGUGACAGUACAGGCGACUGGGGUAAUUCUAUGUGCUCGAAGUUGGUAGAUGAUGCCCUUUUGUCUGCAUCCCCAAUUACCUCUUCACCCCAGUGUCUCCACAAACUGGUGUCUUGGGCCCACCAGCAUGCCGAAGGGUGCAGGUCUUGCCCCAGCCUGCAGGAGGUGCUGCAGGGGCAGUACCAAGGCAUGGUGAGGGCAGUGUGGGGGUGUGUAGAGGGACACAGCUAUGCGGUGGAAGCCUACAUGUACCCAGGCUCCAGCCCCAGGAAAGCAGCAACGUCACUGCGGCCGGAGAGGGAGGAAGAGACCUGGAGGAAAGGGGCCCUCAAACCUGGGGUGGGCCUCACAGCUGCCGGCCCACCCGAGGGAAUGCCUAUAGCCCCGCCCAGCCCAGCAGCGGCACCUCAGGGUCCCGGCCUGAAACCCAUGCUGAGCAUUGACACUAUAGAUACCACAGAGGGAUUGGUGCAGAGUGAGGAAAUGGCCACACCCAUUGCAGCCGAGCCUCUGGACAUAGCGGGGGACAGCGACCUCUCUGACAGGGACUUCUCGAGCGAGGAUGAGGAGAGGAGGAAGAGCGGCUCGUCGGAUGAGCUGUUUGAGCCGUACCCCGGAAAGCGCGGAGUGGUUUCCUCAAAGAAAACCCCCACCCGAGAGCCCAAGAUGCCCCUUGAGCCGAAAGCAAGGAAGAAGCCGGGGCCCAAGCCAGGCUGGAAGAAGAUGAUCAAGACUGAAAGAGAGGAGCUGCCCACCAUUUACAAGUGCCCCCACCAGGGCUGCACAGCAGUGUACCGCGGUGCCGACGGCAUGAAGAAGCACAUCAAGGAGCACCAUGAGGAGGUGCGGGAGCGGCCCUGUCCCCACCCCGGCUGCAACAAGGUGUUCAUGAUCGACCGCUACCUUCAGCGGCACGUCAAGCUCAUCCACACGGAGGUGAGGAACUACAUCUGCGACCAAUGCGGACAGACGUUCAAACAGAGGAAGCACCUCUCUGUCCACCAGAUGCGACACUCCGGCGCAAAGCCGCUGCAGUGUGAGGUGUGCGGCUUCCAGUGCCGCCAGCGCGCCUCCCUCAAAUACCACAUGACGAAGCACAAGGCGGAGGAGGAGCUGGAGUUUGCCUGCGAGUUGUGCGGCAAGCGCUUUGAGAAGGCGCACAACCUCAACGUGCACAUGUCCAUGGUGCACCCGCUGAAGCACAGCAGUGGGCCAGAGCCGCCAGCAGCCCCCGUGCCGCUGCCCCGCUGCAAGGAUGCAGCCACCCCCCUGUGACCGCGGACCUCCAUGCUAACCGCUAAUGCCAGGACUACUAAGCGAAGAGGUGCACCAUGGGACAUGUGGUCUUAUUUUUCAAGCUCCACCCACAGAGGGCUCGAGUUGAGGCCAGGAUGUUUUCAGUGUCAUUUGUACAGUCAUGUAUAUAGAUUCUAUUUUUGCUGUUUUAGGGGCUGGUGGGCUCUGUUUGCCCGCCUGUUCUGCACUCCGUGUUUUAAACAUACAGUUGUUAAAAUGGAAGGAAUUAAUGAA